AUGUCCUACGUGGGGACGAACCUCUAUGUUGCUGGCCUACCGCCAGGCUUCAAUGACGCGCACCUUUUUCAGCUCUUUGACCGCUAUGGCCGAAUCUGGUCAUCAAGGGUGUGCCCGUCAAGAAGACUCGGCGGUUUUGGCUAUGCAUUUGUCAAGUAUGGCGACCCUUCGCAUGCAGCUGCGGCGGUCAGAAAUCUGAACGGGUACGAUGUUGGUGGUGCCUGCAUUACUGUGAAAUUUGCAGAUAACGACCGGCCUCCACCGGAAGAGGGGAAGGGCAAGGGUGGCAAGCUCAACCCGCUGAACAUCCCUGCUGACAAUCGCGAGGUCUUUGUCAGCGGGCUGCGUGCGAACACAGACGAGGAGUCUGUGAGAGAAAUCUUCAAAGACAUGGGUCUGACGACCGUGAAGGUGUGCUGCGAAGGGAAGCCAGAUGGACAAGGAUAUGCCUUGGCACGAUUUAGAUUUCCUGAGGAGGCACAACAUGCCAUUCGCAUGACCGACGGCAUGGUCCAUCGGGGGAUCAAGAUCCGAACGCUGCUGUCCUCCAGUGCAGCUGCGGCCAAGGGGCAGAUGACAACGUCUCUGACGGAACGGCCGACAAUGCCAUCUGAGAGUCUCUUCGUCAUGGGAUUGCCCCCUGGGAGCACCACAGAGACCAUUACAGCAUUUUUUGGCCAAUUUGCUGGAGUUAACUUUGUGAAAGUGCUGGACACCAAUGGGAAAAAAGGUGACACGGUGGCGCUAGUGCGGAUGAACACUCUCGAUGAAGCAGCUUGGUGUGUUGACCGACUAAAUGGCCAUGAGACUGCACCAAAUCUGCAGCUGGUGGUUCGAUUUUCGGAUCCUCCGAGAGCGAAGGGUGGCAAGGGCUUUGAGGACAUGCCAGUCCCGGGCGUCCGACUGCGAGGUUUCACUGACUCGCCCUAUGGCGAGGCAGCGCCUCCUAUGGCACAGCGACCUGUGAGAAGCUUCACUUCAGAUGCUCCUGAAACACAGACGGGUUUCGACAACUGGCAUCAACCUCCGGGUCUUCCAGGCUUUGGAGCCCCACCCGCAGCCUUCCAUGGCAACCCACAGCAUGGUGGGGCCAGCGGGCCUAGUGGGCCGCCGCAUGGGCAUGCGCCCCACGUCCCACCCCAGCCACCUGCUCAUGCUGUGCCGCAGCAUGGUGCGCCACCCGCCAGUCAGGCCUUCAGACAGCCACCGCCACAAGCGAUUCCCCCGGGUGAUGGUGGUGGAUGUCAGUUGUGA